AUGGGGAGGAGUGAGAAGCCGAUUGGCAGGGGUCCGGUCGCAACCCCGGAAGGGGACGGGGGAGGAUCUAAGAGGUGGCAGCGGGCCACAGUUGACCCCCAGGCUCGGAGAACAGCAGUCUCUGUGGGGCAACCUGCUUCCAAGUCCUUCAGUGACCACGGAGGACUGGGAACGGGCUGGGCUGCCGGGGAGCCGGGGCAUCCAACACCUGAGCUCAGCCCUGGGGGCUCACAACCCUGUGGCCCACCAGCCCGAGGCCUGUGUCGCCCGCCACGGACUGCCCGGCACACAGCUGGGGUGCCAACGCCACACCUGGAUUUUGCACGGGGACCAUCUGGGGGCUCGGUGCACAGGAAGACGAGCAGCCCCCAGGCCCCGACGUGCCCCUUCCAUAGCCAUCGAGAGGUGCCUGAUGGAAGGCCGGCUGUGCUCCUUUUCAAGCCCCAGGGAAUUCACACGAACAGCCCUCCCGGCCACGGGGUGCCUGCCCACCGGCUCUGGGCCUGCGACCAGCCCAGAACACAGAAGGCACCGAAGCUGAGGGGAGGACAGAGCGUGGCACGGCCUGCCCGCCUGGGCCACGGGGAGGAGGUCGGGGCGCCGCCCGCGCCCUCGCUCCGCUGCCUGGCGUCCUUUGUGGGGGCGAAGGGCCGGAGGCAGGGCUCCCGAGGAGCUCAAAGGCCAGGGAAGGACGCACGGGACGGUCCAGAGCCACCCUACCGCUCCAGUGGUGCAGCACCCUCUCUGAAUUCCUACUGCCACCAAAACACAUCCCUAAGGCCUUUGGGAAGAAUCGCUAGGACCCAGGAAGGCAGCCCCUUGCUGUGGUCCAGACUUCGGCAGCUGCCGAUGACCAGAGGGAGCCAGCCGGCCGGCCGUGAGCAGGAGGACGGGACACGGGGACAGGGACAGCCACAGCCGGGCUUCCCGCAGCUGUGCCCACCGCCAGAACGAGCUCCAGCCAAUGACAGCCCCCGAGAUGCCAAACAGUGA